AUGUUUUCCUCAUCGAAUGGAAAACAUUCAUUAGAUCUACGAAACUUCAUAGAAACAGAGAAUGAAAUUAUCUCAGAAAAGAUCGAGAAGACAUUGGCAUCGGUUGAUGAACUUGCUCACGAUCAAAAUUGGCUAACUGAACAAAUUUUAUUAUUAAUUGUUCAAUGGUCAACAGGUAUUACAACAACAAUAGUAGAACAAGAUGUUGUAAAGAAAGCCGGCCAAAUUAAACGCAGUUGGAACGUCAAAGCUGAAGAAGCACAGCUUACUCAAACAGUUCAUGCUUCAAUAGCAAGAAUAGGAUAUUAUGAUACAACUGGAGCAUAUGCAUUAUCUCUUGUACAACAGAAGAAUGACAGCCAACUUACACUAGCUCUUCAUUCAGCUUUUUAUCCAUUUGUUGAAAAAUUCCUUACCCCAGGUCAUCGCGUUCAUAUUGCUAACGCACGUUUUUCUAAUCACGUUAUUGUUCCAAACCAGCUUAUGAUUAUCGAUUUAAAGCGUACGAAAGAAGAAAUCAACUUCAUUAUGUCAGAAACUAGUAAUUUUUCGCUCUCAAAGAUAUCACUUGAUACUCCGUUACCAGGCUCUUUGCUUUUAAGAGUCUUAGAAGCGGUUUCUGACGGAGUUUCAGUUACAGAUGGGUCUACUCCAUUUCCAUACAAACUAAUACUUGACGAAGAACGACAAGCCUUAAAACUCCUCCUCCGAUUCAACGAUGUCAUCAUUUUAUACAGACCAGACGCCAUGCAAUCCGAAACAGGCGGUUUUUGUCUUUAUUUCGGACCAAACACCUUAAUAUUCAGAGUUCCAGCAUUAGGUGAUAGUAAAAUGUCUCAAUUAACUCAACGAUCUACGACUUUAGCUCAAGAUGGUCUUCUUUUCAGAAACUCAACUAACUGUCGAUCAAUACACGGGUCUGUCAUAAAAGUAUCCCAUUUUAUUACUAGUGGUGUUUGGUCUAGCACUUGUUUAGAGAUAAAUUCCAAAGAAUACGGAAUUUCACAUGUUUGGGCCACAAUAACUAAUAUUCCUCCACAUCUGCAAACAGAGAUUGUUAAAGUUAAGACAAACCAUUACAUUUACGCAUUCGGUCUGUCUAAACGAGAAAAUGCUCUCGAUUUCACUCCCGAAUCCACACUUUUCGACACAUCUUGCUUACCUGGCUUAUUGUCAUCCGACAUUGUCCCAGUUAGACCUAUUUCUUUUCUCAAUCGGUACAUUACACAAAUUGUUAGGGCAAUAAUCGUCGAAGUGACAUGUGAACUGAAACACUCUCACAAAGUAUGUGGCACAGUUUUAUGUGGUGAUUCAUGUUGUUACUGCAAUUCUCAUAUCUCAGCAUCCGAGUCAUAUGCAUCAUUGCUUGUUACUAUGACUCUUGACGACGGCACGGGCGAUUGUGUCGAAGUUAUGUGCACAGUAGACAAGAUUCCAUCAUGGGGUGUCACAUCCGGUGGAUGGAAUGCUAUGACUAAGGAUAAUCGAAAGAAAAGCAUCAAUAGAUUGAUCGGGAACGAAUUUUUAUUCUCAUUAAGUCUCUCAAACGAAACAGAAUUUGGCGGAUACACGGAAACACCAGUUUGGCGCGUCGACAUGUGCUUAUCUCCUGUUGGAGACACACAACGACAUAUUAAGAGAAUGAUUAAUGUUCUGAAAAAAGAUUUAUAA